CCCACGAAUGAAGUCUUUCUCUGAGAGUGGGAACUGCCAACUGGCAACAACAUCCUCUUCAAAGGUGACACUUUGACAGAACACUCAAAUCAAUUCUUGAUUCCACUGCGCCAUGGAUUUCUUCAAAUCCAUCUUAUCAGAUGAUCCCGAACCGGACCCUCCACUACCCAAAAAGCCCCAAGAUUCUUCACCGGAACAAUCACCUGAAAAGGAAAUUGUCCCGGAUCAGAAUCUUGAAAAACCCAAUUCACGAUCUGAUUCAAACGCCGCCGACGGUCCUGAUGCUGGUGUUUGGAGUUUCGGAGGUUUGUUGAAGACAUUAUCAACCCGAUCCGAAUCAGUGCUCGAGACAUACCGUCGGGAUCUACAGGAAUUCGGAUCCGGGUUGAAGAAAGAAACCGAAUUGUUCCGUGAAGUAGCUAGUCGAGCUGUUAAGGAUCUUCCUAACUCGAUCGAGGUCGGAACUACCGUCAGCCACGCCAUUGACGGUGUUAUCAAAUCGACAACUGAGAUUAUAUCACAAGGUAAAGAUACUCUUCUCGCUUCCUCUGAUGCUGAAUCCGAAACCCCAGAUGCGAAUCGGACCUUGAAUUCGGGUCGGUACAGUCGGUUUGAAUCUCAAUUGAUGAAUAUCCAGAGUGACCCGAAUACGUUCUGUGUGGAUCCUGAGGAUUUGGAGGAGUACAACAAGUGGAAAUCUGAGUUUGAUUUGAAGGAAAAUAGUAAGGAAGUUGAGAUUUUGAUUGAAGAAAAUGGAUCUUUGGAAGGUAUAUACAAAAGGGUUGUGCCUAAUGAAGUUGAUAAUGAGACAUUUUGGUGUCGAUACUUUUAUAAAGUGUAUAAGCUUAAGCAACAAGAGAGUGUAAGAGCUAAUCUUGUGAAGAGAGCAAUAUCUAUAGAUGACGAAGAAGAAUUGUCUUGGGAUGUCGAUGAUGAAGACGAUAAUAAUGAACAAGAGAACAUUGCCAAAUCGAAAUUCGAUGAGAAGGGAAAAGAGGGUUCUGUUGUUGAAAGCUCUGUCAAUGAUGUAAAGAAAGAAUCUGCCACUCAAGAUUCAACCAACGUUGCAAAGGAAGUGCCUGCUAAUAAGAGUGAACCAAGCAAGCAGGAUUCGACCAACAUUGCAAAGGAAGUGCCUACUAAUAAAAGUGAACCAAUCACGCAGGAUUCAACCAACGUUGCGAAGGAAGUGCCUACUAAUAAAAGUGAACCAAGCAAGCAGGAUUCGACCAACGCUGUAAAACAGGACGAAUCACAAACUAUAAGUUCGGCUACUGUUGAUAGGAAAGAAGAGAAUCAGUCUAGUGUAGAUGGUGGUGGCAAGAGUAAGGUCGUGGAAUCAGUUGGGAGUAACAAAGAUAGUAAGAAAGAAGACGCUGAAGUUACUCCUCUGGUUAAAAAGGAGGAAGAGGUAGUAAAAGGUUCAGAGGGGAAAAGUGAUAAGGAUGGAUCAGGCAAAGAUGGUGAUGUCCCUAUUGCUUCAAGUCAAAAGACGACUGGGGCCGAUGAGGACGACUUGGAUUGGGAUGAGAUUGAGGACGUUGACGGUAUUGAUGACAAAAAGGCAACUUCUCAUGUUGCAAGCACCAAUAGAGAUGAUUUGAGGAAGAGGCUUAGUGUUGAAGAAGACGAUGAGGAUUUGAGUUGGGAUUGAAGAUGAUGACAAGCCUGUGAAAGCUUUUUGAUUGUCAUUCAAAAUAUGCAGAAAGCUGGAUGUCAAUGCUGUCAACGUACAACAGAACUCAAGAAUUAAACUUUAAAGCUUGAAACCUAGUAAAGUAAGAUAACGUUUAUUGUUUCAGGCAGUUUGUUUAAUUGUGCUUCAUGAUUUUCAUUCUUUUUAUUGAACUUUUAGCUUAGUAGUCGGGAUUUCCAUGUCUAGCUGUUCAUUUAUAAUGUGAACAUGUUUUGUGCCCUUUGUAUACUUUGGAAAUUUGAAUGAAAGCAAUGAUGUUCAUAGACAAAAUGCUA